AUGCCACAGGCCACUACGAUCCCGAGUGGCCCUACGGACGCCUACGGACGUCCUGACGCGGACUUGCUGGACGUCGUAGGACCGGAUUUCUACGGCCCGCGAGAGAGGUUCAAGCGUAUAUCGACAGCUUCCAUGAACGUACUUCUGAUGCCAGCGAAAGCCGCCCAACAACCUGCACAUCCUGUGCCCCCUCUCGCGCUGGCGUCCACCUCGGUCAGGAAGCGCUUCGCGCGGCGCUUUCAUGCUGCUAAGAAGCGCCUCAAAGAUAUCUCCGGAUCAUCAGCAGCCGCAAUAGUGGGCCCUUCUAGUCUGGAUUCUCUGUCAUCGGAAGAACUGGAUCGUGUGCAUCUCGGCGACUUCAAUGGAGUGCGAGAGCAACUGCAGCUAUGGACUGAAUAUGGUGAUGCCGAAGGAGUCCAGGAUGCUAGGAGGCUUAAUGCGGAAGCGCUCAAGUCACGAGACUUCGCGGCCAAAGAAUUCUUCCGGACCACCGAUUCGCGGUCGCACACUGCGCAGCAGAUAUGGAGAGAUCUCGUACGUGGGUACUCAUCCAAGAUGAUGACCAACAAAGGGGACGUUCUGGUGGCGAUAGCGGGUCUGGCUGCAUUCAUGCGAAAAGCGACUGGCGACCAAUAUCUUGCAGGACUGUGGCGUGAAAUGUUGAGGUCUGACCUCUUGUGGCAGACUAAUGAGUCGCGAUACCGACCCAGUCGCUACGUUGCUCCGACUUGGUCCGGGGCCAGCACAACACUGGGCAAAAAUGAUGUAAGCCUAGGUGCUGGACAGACCUCCAUCGACUUCCGGGAAGUAAAAGCCAAAGACCAGUAUGUCGCUAUCAUCGACUCUUGCUCUGUCACUUACCGCGAAGGAACUUCUGAGUCACAGGUUCUGUCUGGUGAGUUGAACAUCACCGGCAAGCUGGCACUACUGGAGUUUUUCCUCGAGAAUGUGUGGGCUUCGAGCAGCGGAGCAGAUCUCUUCGUUCGCAUACCGGCUUUCAACGCGGUAGGCGACCCGAUCUUCGACACAAACGAUAUGGUAUUAACCAAAGAGCGGCGGCGCGGCAUCUACAGAGUCCGAACAACAGAAAGCCAGCUGUACUUUCUAGCGAUCACUCGCUCCGACGAGGAGCCAUCUUAUGAAGACAGGCCUUGGAAGGCGCCUACCAUUGACGAGGAGCUUCGGGAUCGCAUACCUCCGUUGCCUGGAGUAGAAGCCAAUCAGGUUUCUAUCGAUGAAGCAUCCAAACUACCGGGUGAGAGCUCUGGUGCUGGUGAGCCAUUGGAUGAAGGGGACGACAAGAUACCGUCUAAUGCGCCAGACGACGCCAAAGGGCUGGAAAGUGAGCCCAUAUAG